UCAACAACACAGCUCCAAAAUCCAGCAUCACCACCUUUCAAGUAACGCUCACGAUAAUCGCUAAGCUCAUGCCGAUUGUGGCCGUGUCUGGGAAAUCACGCCGGAAGAUUCGAUUUCCACAAAGUGGGCAUCUGGCAGCAUCAUCAGACCAUCGCGGGGAAGCUUCAGAAACACGGAAAAUCAACAAGACAUUAAUCACCACCCACAACACCACAAAGAUCAUGCCUAAUGAGCCCUCGAAAGAAUACAAUAUCCCACCACUAUUCACAAAUCCACCCCUUCUCCGAGACGCCUUACAAACAAAAACAAGCCAAGAUCAAGACGAGACUAUUGAAAAAUGUCUCCCAUUCCUCACAGGCCGCGGCAGCACAUUGAAGGAUAAUCUGAACAAAUUCGGAUUAUCGCAUUUGUUAAAAGAUGAACAUAUUGAGUAUCUCUAUGAUUCGCUCGAGCUAUAUCCCGCGGGAUUUGUGGCGAUGGAUUCGAGUCGGCCUUGGAUGUCUUAUUGGGCACUUGCUGGGUUGACCCUGUUGGGGGAGGAUGUGAGUAAAUUUCGAGAGCGGGUGGUAGCUACGUUUAAGGCUGCACAGAAUCCUACUGGUGGUUUUGGAGGAGGUCAUGGUCAGAUGUCGCAUUUGGCAUCUACUUUUCCUGCUGUCCUAAGCUUAGCGUUGGUUGGGGGUGAGGAAGCAUAUAAGGUGGUUGAUCGCAGAGCAAUGUGGUCAUGGCUAGGACAAUUGAAGCAGCCUGAUGGAGGGUUCCAAUUGGUCAUAGAUGGGGAAGAAGAUGUGCGUGGUGCCUAUUGCGCAAUGGUGACUAUAUCCCUGCUAAACCUACCCCUGGAAUUACCGCCGGAAGCUGAAGCGCGCAAAUACGGGCUCCGGACAUUCUUGGACGGUCUUCCAGAGUAUCUGUCCCGAUGUCAAACCUAUGAAGGCGGAUUGUCCGGAAAGCCAGGGGCUGCAGAGGCCCACGGUGCAUAUGCAUUCUGCGUGUUGGCCUGUUUGUGUAUCAUGGGUCAGCCAAAGGAUAUGAUAACGAGAUAUAUGGAUAUCCCUCUUUUAGUGUCAUGGUUAUCAGCUCGACAAUAUGCACCUGAAGGCGGCUUUUCAGGGCGUACCAACAAACUUGUCGACGGCUGUUACAGUCACUGGGUAGGCGAUUGUUGGCCAUUAGUACAGUCGGCAUUGAACGGGCCGCAUGGUGAGGGAGAUGCUAUUCCAGAAGUGCCUCAAUACUUGUUUAGUCGCGAAGGUCUUGCUCGGUAUAUUAUGAAUUGCUGUCAAAAUAAGAAUGGAGGUCUUCGCGACAAGCCAGGAAAGCAUCCCGACUCAUAUCAUUCAUGUUAUACCCUGACCGGACUGAGCACGAUCCAAUACUACCAUUACCAAACCGAGCAGGAACCGACCUCAUCACGCAUAGGGGGUAUAUUCUCCUCAUCAUUCUCAUGGAAGAGUGUACCUGCCAAGAUCGCUAUGGAAGCAGAUGGCCAGAACGACAAGGACAUUAUAGAUGACUGCGAUCGACUCGUGGCGUUCCACCCGAUAUAUACGAUUGCGCAUAAGAAUGCAGAAGCGUUACGGAGGUGGUGUGAGGAGAGGCCUAUUUAGGGGUAUUAUCCUGGAAAGAGUGGUAUUGUAUAAAUGAUAACUAUAUACCAACUCUGCACUGUUUAUUGGAUCCGGCCAAGAGAGACUACCUUGACAAUUGCCAACAGUCUCUAUGUAUAUAGUCUAGCCGCCUCUUUACCUAAUCGGUACACUUGGACAGGAG